CAUUUUCUUGAAUUCUGCGUGUCGAUCAGCGAAUUGGGGCCCCGGGAAAACUAGGUCGCGAGUAUUGAUUUUUACCUAAUAUCCGACAAACAAAGACUUAACGUUGCCCAGUGAAAAUAAACCCGUCCGCAGUCCCGUGGAAGGAGAACGUGCAUCAUGCCAAACGCGGAGAUGGCUGCUCCGACGGUCGAAAAUGUCCGGGUGGUUGUGCGCGUGCGUCCGAUGGACCAGAAGGAGAGGCUCGACGGCGCUUACAACUGCGUGUCAGUCGAUCCCGUGAACAACACGAUCGCAGUCACCAGAAGUAACGUGAGCCCCGCGGAGCCUCCGCGGAUAUACGCCUAUGAUGCGGUCUUCGACACCAACACUACCCAGAUGGACAUCUACGUACAGACAGCUAGCCCGAUCGUGGAGCAAGUUCUGCGAGGGUACAACGGCACAAUAUUCGCUUACGGACAGACGGGUACGGGGAAGACCUAUACGAUGGCUGGAAGCAACUCCGCGCCAGAGCUUCGCGGCAUCAUACCGAACUCCUUCGCGCACAUCUUCAGCCACAUCGCCGACGCCAAGGAUGACGAGAAGUUUCUGGUGUGCGUGACGUACUUGGAGAUCUACAAUGAGGAGGUACGCGACCUGCUGGGCAAUAAUCCCCAUCAGAGUCUCGAGGUGAAGGAGCGCCCCGACAUUGGGGUCUUCGUUAAGGAUCUCACUGGCUACGUAGUCCACAAUGCGGACGAGCUAGAAAAAAUAAUGGCAGUGGGCAACAAGAAUAGGCACAUUGGUGCAACCGCGAUGAAUAUAGAGAGCUCCCGCUCGCACGCCAUCUUCUCCAUAACUGUGGAGAAUAGCAAGCGCGGCGCAGAUGGCAAGAUGCACGUCAAGAUGGGGAAACUGCACCUCGUUGACUUGGCGGGCUCCGAGCGUCAGAGCAAGACACAAGCAACGGGUACGCGACUGAAGGAGGCGACCAAAAUCAACCAAUCGCUGUCCGUCUUGGGCAACGUGAUAUCCGCACUUGUGGACGGCAAGUCCACUCACAUCCCGUACAGGAACUCGAAACUGACGCGUCUGUUGCAAGACUCGCUUGGUGGCAACUCAAAAACUGUCAUGAUAGCGACUGUGGGGCCAGCGGAUUCUAACUAUGUGGAAACGAUCAGCACUCUCCGAUACGCGAACAGAGCCAAGAAUAUUGAGAACAAGACGCACAUCAACAGCGAACCGGGCGACGCACUACUCACUCGAUUCCAACAAGAAAUCGAUCAGCUCAAGAAACAAUUAGAAGAGAACGUAAACGAGAUCGAGGAAGAAGAGGAAGAGGAAAUAUCUGAGGAGGAGUUGACAGAUGACACCCUCACAGACCCCGAGCUCGAUGUACUGGAUCCCGAGGAGAAGAAGAUGCGCCGCAAGAUGAGACGAGAGGAGAAGGAAAAGAUAAACCGAGAGAAAGCCUAUCUAGCUCGCAAGGUUCUAGAAGAGAAGAAAGCAGAACUACAGAGAACAAAGAAGCAACAGGAGGAACUCAAGGAUAAACUCCAGCGCCUGGAAUCCAAGGUGCUGGUCGGCGGAGAGAACCUCCUGGACAAAGCAGACAGCCAGAGAAGACUUCUGGAGCAGGCUGCUAAAGAGUUGGAACUGCGGAAGCUGAACGAAUUGAGAUUGCAGCAAGACCUGCAAAAGAAAGAGGCUGAACGUCUCGACCUAGAAGAACGUUACUCGAGCUUGCAAGAAGAGAACGCUGCUAAAACUCGCAAGCUCAAACGUGCGGUACAACUCCUCAACUCCGCGAAAGCGGAACUGGCUGACCAACAACGUGAACAGCAGAGAGAGAUGGAGGGCAUCCUCGACGGAGUCAGGGCGCUUAGAAGAGAGCUCCAGCUUGCUGACCUGGUGCUGGACGCAUAUAUACCCAAGGAGUACCAGGCACUGAUCGAGCAAUACGUGCACUGGAACGAACAGCUGGGCGAGUGGCAAGUGAAGUGCGUUGCCUACACAGGAAACAACAUGGCGCCGCGCCUUCAACACCAGAAGAGCGCCGUACACGUGGAGCCUCCAGAUCUGUCGGACCGCUAUGUGUCCUACUCGGCGGUGAGUGGUCGCGCCACCAGUCGCCUGGCGCGACCGCACACGUCGUCCGUGCCCAGACCGCACACGGCAUUGCGACAGCGGCAAUAAAUAGGUCGUGAGAUUUUAGCGUAGGAUCACCUAGCGACAAUCCUUUAUAUUCCAUUUCAGAACGUUGCAGACUAAAUUGCUACUAUUGCAUUUAAUAAAAAAAA